AAUGUUGUUGUAGAUUUGAAUGUGUUUUUCUUUGUACUUUGUACAUUUUUUGAUUUUAGUUUUUUCAUUGUUUCGAAUCAACAAGUGUUAUCCAUCAUUCCUCGAUUGAAUUGGAAAAAAAACGAUCAAGAUGAUCGAUAAUGUGACAAUAUCGAAGUCAUCUAAAUGGUUGACCAUAUUGCGACGAAGUUGGCGUGUCAUAUUAGGCUUAAUCGUACCAAUUAUUCUAUGUCCUUUAUUGUUUGAUUUGAAUAAUAAGUUGAACACAGGUGCUUAUGUCAUGGCCAUUAUGGUUCUUUAUUGGGUAUUCGAACCGAUCAAUCUUUAUAUAACAGCAUUGAUUCCGGUCGCUUUGUUUCCUUUAUUAGAAAUUGCUUCAACCGAAGAGAUAAGCCAAAAUUAUAUGAAAGCAGCUAAUAUGAUGUUUUUUGGUGGUUUAAUAGUGGGUAUUUCACUUGAACAUUGUAAUCUUCAUCAUCGAAUUUCACUUAAAGUUAUUAUAUGGUUUGGUUCAAGUAUACCAAUGUUAAUGGCCGGUGUAAUGAUUGCUACUAUGUUUUUAUCAAUGUGGAUUAAUAAUACGGCCACAACAGCCAUGAUGAUACCGAUUGUAGAUGAUAUACUUCGUGAAAUAGCACUUAUGAACAAAGAAGAUGUUGAACAACAAACUAAUGAAAAUGGUGAACAACAACAAUCAACAAAUAAUAAAAAUGAAAUAUCGGAUUCGACCGCUAUAAGAUAUAAUAAUUUACGAAAAGCUUUUCUUUUGUCCAUUGCUUAUUCGGCCAAUAUUGGUGGAACGGCAACAUUGACUGGUACAGGAACAAAUCUAGUAUUUCAAGAUGUUUUUUUCAGUCAUUAUAAAAAAGAUAUGAGUUUUCUUUCAUGGUUUUUCUUUGCUUUUCCAUCGGCAUGUUUGACCAUAAUGGCAGCAUGGCUAUUACUGUAUCUAAUGUAUGCACGAUCUUCUAUCACUGACAUUCAAAAAGCUAGUCAACGUAUUAAACAAUCAGCCCGGAAAAAAUAUUCACAUCUUGGUCCAAUGACAUUCCAUGAAUAUGGUGUAAUGAUAUUUUUUCUAAUUCUGGUGGCACUUUGGUUUUCAAGACAUCCGGAAAUAAUACCUGGAUGGGCUGAUUAUAUUUCUUCAGAUCCACAUAGCAUAAAGGAUGCAACACCAGUCAUAUUAAUUACAGUUUUAUUGUUUCUUGUACCAGCCAAUUUUCAUCAAUUCUAUUCGACGAAUGAAAGUAACAAUCAACGGUUGUUAUGUUGGGAUGUAGUCAAAACAAAAAUGUCUUGGGGUGUAAUCAUAUUGUUGGGUGGUGGAUUUGCAUUAGCUUAUGGUACCGAGAAAUCUGGAUUAUCUAGUUGGUUUAGCAAGCAAUUAAGUUAUGUACAUUUGAAUCCUAUUGUGACAUUGAUUGUAUUAUCAAUAUUGGGUGGUUCGAUUACCGAAAUGGCAAGUAAUGUUGCUACGGCAAAUGUUAUAUUACCGGUAGUUAGUAAUUUGGCUAUUCAAAUGAAUAUCAAUCCAUUACGAUUUAUGAUACCGGUCACUAUUUGUAUUUCUUUUGCUUUCAUGUUUCCCGUAUCAACUCCACCCAAUGCAAUUGUAUUUGAAUGUCUUAAUACAAGCAUUGUAGACAUGAUUAAACCUGGAAUAUUGAUGAAUAUUAUUGCCAUAACAUUACAACUUAUUUCAAUCAAUACAUUGGGUGUUUGGAUAUUUGAUUUAAAUAAUUUUCCUGAAUGGGCUAAUCAAACAUUGCCAAUAAAGUUAUCAUGA